AUGAUCUCGCGACAUUUUUCUGUGGCACACUCCAGCUGUCGUGUCGCAAGUCGCAUAUCGGCUGAAGAGUAUGCUGGACGCCGUGCACGUCUUGUACAAAGCGUGAGAAAAGUCGCUGGUCAGACAGACCGUGAUCUGGUCAUUUUACUAAAGGGAUCUAAACGAUAUUACAUCGCUCCAGAUGUUCCGGGUUCAUAUCGCCAGUGUAGCCAUUUUAGAUACCUUAGUGGAGUCACUGUACCGAACUGUUACUAUCUUAUUCACGCACCAAGGCGAGGAGGUCAACUGCGACCGAUCCUGUUCAUGAACAAGAGAAGUGAUUAUGAGGAACUAUGGGAAGGUUGUCUUCCUGGCGAAUCAUCUCUAGAAAUCACUGCUGGGUUUGAGGAGCUAUUGCCAAUUAGAAAGAUUAAUGAGGUGGUAACGAAGAUGGCAUCAUCAGAAGCCUCCUUAUUUUUCGAGAUGGAUGAUUGGGCAGGAACUGAGGUCGGAGCAGCCCGUUCACAAUACGGAGCUUAUCACUGUGUUAAAAAUCAUAUCGAUGAGUUACGUUUGGUGAAGUCUCCUAUGGAAAUUCAGUCAAUGCGAGAUGUCUGCACAAUUGGAUCUCAGGUCGUCACAUCAACAAUAAUAGGCUCUCGAGGUUUCGAUAGCGAAGCUGCAAUUGGAGGGUUGUUGGAAUUUGAAGCAAAAAGACGUGGUGCCGAAAUGCUGGCGUAUCCCCCAGUGAUUGCUGCCGGUGAACGUGCCAAUACGAUACACUAUUUGGAAGCUAAUCGAGGGAUUGAAAAGAGCGAUUGUAUACUGAUGGAUGCUGGCUGUGAUUUGAAUGGGUAUGUAUCCGACAUUACACGCUGUUUCCCAAUUUCGGGAACUUUUUCACCUGCUCAACGAACAUUGUACGAUGCUCUUCUCUACGUGCACGAACAGUUGCUCUCGUAUGCACAUGACUCAGAAAAGAUCCGCCUCAGUAAUAUAUACAGCCGCAUGGUGGAACUUUUAGCUAGCGCUAUUCUUGAAAUUGGCAUGCUACCUCAGUCGACAGACAGGCAGAAACUGCUCAACGCUGCCGAAUCAUUAUGUCCUCAUCACGUAAGUCACUACCUCGGUAUGGAUGUCCAUGACUGUGUUUCGAUCUCUCGUAAUAUCGACAUUCCUCACGGAACUGUGUUCACUAUUGAGCCAGGUCUCUAUGUUCCUAUGAACUCGCAGUUUCCUGAAGAAUUCCAUGGAAUAGGUUUACGAAUUGAGGACGACGUAGUGUCCACAGCCGAAGGAAUAGAAGUACUAUCAGAAGCAGUCCCACGUUCAGCUAGUGAAAUUGAAUACCUCAUGCGAUCUCAGUAG